CACCCAGAAGGAUGAUUCGAACUCCAUUUCAUUCCACGUUACUAUCGCAUUGAAAGUGGUCCUGUUUUGUCCGGUGCUGUGCUCUAUUGUACACUUGAACAGGGUGUACGACCCACAGUGAAUAAUUACUAUUAAAUUUACUAAGUUCGACAAGAGAUAUUAGCUAUUUAAUAUGUCUCGUAUUGUGGAAAAGGAAAACAUCACUGAAAACAUGGAAAAAAUUUCGAUAAAAAAUGUCCGUAAAGUGCUAACCGAAAGUGGUGCUAACGUACCUCAAAAGAUGGACUGCCAAGAGGACAAAGAGCAAACGGCUGACAGUGGUUCCGUGGAUCCAAAAGAACUUGCCAAAAAUGAGCUGUCCGCUGCGCAUAAACGAGAACAGGCACCUUUCGAUCCCUCUAUCGAACCCCUGCUCAAGGAGAAUCCCCGCCGGUUCGUUAUUUUCCCCAUCCAGUUUCAUGAUAUUUGGCAGAUGUAUAAGAAGGCCGAAGCGUCCUUCUGGACGGUGGAAGAGGUAGAUCUUUCCAAGGAUCUGGCCGACUGGGAGAAGCUUAAGUCUGGUGAGAAGCACUUCAUAUCGCAUGUGCUGGCCUUCUUUGCUGCAUCGGAUGGUAUUGUUAACGAAAACCUCGUUGAGCGCUUUAGCCAGGAGGUCCAGGUUACCGAGGCGCGCUGUUUCUACGGAUUCCAGAUUGCAAUGGAAAACGUGCAUAGUGAGAUGUAUUCAUUACUCAUCGAUACAUAUGUGCGUGAUUCUAAAGAAAGGGACUACUUGUUCAACGCUAUCGAUAAUCUGCCAUGUGUUAAAAAGAAAGCUGACUGGGCGCUUAACUGGAUUUCUAGUCAAAAGGCCAAUUUUGGAGAACGUGUAGUCGCGUUUGCUGCCGUGGAAGGAAUUUUCUUCAGUGGUAGUUUUGCAUCCAUUUUCUGGCUGAAAAAGCGCGGACUGAUGCCAGGCCUCACUUUCUCCAACGAGCUUAUCUCACGUGACGAAGGCCUCCACACGGACUUUGCGUGCCUUAUGUUCAAAUAUCUAGUUCAGAAACCGUCACAGGAGCGCGUGAUCGAGAUCAUUCGGGAAGCUGUCCUAAUCGAGCAGGAGUUUUUGACGAAGGCGCUCCCGGUGGAUCUGCUUGGUAUGAAUUGCGACCUGAUGUCACAAUACAUCGAGUUUGUUGCGGACAGACUUCUGCUGGAGCUAGGAAUUGAUAAGAUCUACAACACCAAAAACCCAUUCAGUUUUAUGGAAUUCAUCUCGCUGGAAGGAAAAACCAACUUUUUUGAAAAGAAAGUAGGCGAAUAUCAGAAGUGGGGAGUUAUGGCUAAUCGACUUGACAACGUGUUCACACUGGACGCUGACUUCUAGAGGAAUAUAAUUCAUUAUUAGCCAGGAUUUCCCAGACGUGUUCAAAGCAGCUUGCUUUGAAUUAAUUUGAAAACUACAAUGCAGAUGCUUCGCAGUGAUACGCAAUGAAAAGCUUGUAAUACAGGAGAAGCACGUAAUGUUGCGGGCAAUCAUUGCGACGCUCUUAUAGAUAUUUAUAUUUUCAUAUCGGAAUGAUUUAUCCAGCUUUUUUUUAAUUGCCUAAUAUCAAUUUUAUAGUUAAUUGAAUCAUCAACUUACAAAUACUUUUUACUUAAUUAUGUUCAAAUAAUCUACAAUACAAAAAAUAACAUAAAUCUUACAUAUACAUAUAAUAAUGAGAACAAGAUCUCGUAAUAUUUGUAAAUAAAUAAUACUAAUGACGUAAAAUAAA